AUGGCUUUGAUUCUCAUGAGUCCAGUAAUUGCUGUGCCGGUCUCUACUGCCGCCACUGGUGCUGUGGCAUGGGCGGAUCCUCAAGACUGCCACCGAUUCUACGAAUGCCCCGUGGGCGGCAAGCCCGUUCUGAAAACUUGUGGCCCGGGAACUGCGUUUCAGGCGAAAACUAGUGUCUGUGACUAUCAGUACCUAGUGGAAAGCUGCUGGCGCCAUUAG